GUCCGGCAGGCUCAGUCGUUCGUGGACCUCGAAGGACGAUAGAGAGGUCGUGCAACAGGAAAGCACUUCCUCCUCGAAACCUUUUUUUCAUCAAUCGAGACUCUGUCUCGGAUCGUUCCAAUUCAGUACUUCAUUUUUAUACAAAUACUUCAAAUCCAUCUUUUCCCUUGGCCCGUUUAUCUGUGACAAUUUUCUUCUACGUGGCUUCGAACAGUUUUUUCUUACUUCCGCGAUUUCUGUAAGCGGUACCCGGCUGCGUGCUCCAAUCGACUGUUCAUCAAGCUCAAUUUGGGACCAAACGACGCGUGACCGUUGUUCGCGAGGCUAACCUCAAUUCUCAACACCGAAUAAUACAGCUCGUUAUUCGUAUCCCAGGACACUCGCAAAGGGCUGCAAGGAUGCGAUCUCACGUUGUCGCUACUCUUCUCCUUCUGUGCUGCUUACAAGAACUGGCAACAGGCGCCUGUCCCCGGAUAUGCCCAGCGGGCGGAGAGCCGGUAUGCGGCACCGACGGUGUCAUUUAUGCUUCGCAGUGCGAAAUGCGGAAGAAGAUGUGCGGAAAAGGUGUGAGCGUGGCAACAGAGAAAACGGCUUGUCUCAGAUCGUCCGGUAGCAAGUGCGAGAAUCGUUGCCCGGGCGAUCAGGAUCCAGUUUGCGGUACGGACGGUCGGACUUACCUCAACAAGUGUAUGCUCAGGGUGGAGAUAUGUCGCGUUGGCAUCGAACUCUCUCACCUCGGGCCGUGCAACAAUAUCUCCGCGCAUCGGGAAAAUUGUCCCGUAUCCUGCGAGUUCGCACCAUUGGACGGACCGGUUUGCGGGAGCGACGGUAACGUCUACAAAUCUACGUGUCAGAUGAAGCUACUCACUUGCGGCCAAGGCGUCGUGAGGACGAACAAAAAGCAUUGCCAGACAACGAGACACUGUCGUGAAACUUGCUGGAGAGGUGCCAAACCCGCGUGCGGCAGCGACGGGAUUCUUUACUCGAACACGUGCAAAAUGCGAGCGAAAAAUUGUGGAAAACACGUGUUCGAGGUACCCAUGUCAUUCUGCGUCUCCCGAGAGAGAACAUCCGGCGGCCAGGCGACAGCUUGUCCUCUCGACUGCAACGACCAACCGGAAGUUCAAAUAUGCGGCUCCGACGGCAGCAUCUAUCGCAACGAGUGCGAAAUGCAGAUGCUCAACUGCGGACAAUCGAGAAGAAAGAUCGUCGCCGUCGACUUCGAAAAGUGUCGGCCACGCUUGACCAAAUGUCUGAAGCAACAGUUGAGAUGCACCGGCGACUCCGAUCCCGUUUGCGGUAGCGAUGCGCACACGUAUCCCAAUCAGUGUCACCUCAACGUUGCUGUAUGCAUGAAAGGAAUUCAGUUGGCGCACGUUGGAGAGUGCACAACCUUGAAGGAGACCGAGCAGUGCCCCGAAGACUGUAACGACGUGCCCGAAGAACCAGUUUGCGGGAGCGACGGAAACGUUUAUCGAUCGGUGUGUCACAUGCAACGAGAUACCUGCGGUCAACGAGUCGUUUCCGUACCCGCUCAACACUGCCGGACCACAGCCCUUUGCAAUCAGAUAUGCAGCGGUGAACGUCAAUUUGUAUGCGGUUCCGACAACAAACUCUAUCGCAACGAGUGCGAGAUGAAGAGAGACAAUUGCGGAAAACACGUGUACGUGGUGCCGAUGAAGCGUUGCGUCCAAGGCUUUUUGUUCCGAGGGUGUCAAAAAAUUUGUCCGCCUUAUUACGACCCAGUCUGCGGUACGGACGGGAUGAGCUACAGCAACGAGUGUUUCUUGGAAAUCGAAAAUUGUCGCAGUCGGAGUUUGGUCUCGAAGAGUUAUCACGGCAUUUGUGGCCAACCGACCGAGGAGCCCAAGAAUUAUUUAUACUAGAAGCGAAUCUCAAUUUUUUAUAGCCAGGUGUGCCAUCGUGCUUCGACUGAUAAAAUUCAUUGUGGAAAACGAAAUGAAAGAAGCGGGUUACGCGGCGGAGACAGCGACGACGACAUUGGAAAAUUCGAGGUUAUGUCGUGCGAGACGUUUUUCAAAAUCAUCACCCAAAUUGUACUUGUGUCAUGCAUGCGAAUGAACUUGUACUGAAAAUUAUGCAGCAACGAUCGAAAAAUCAAACGAUUCUCGCUAGCACCCGCUCAAAAAUGAAGACGAGACUGGAUUUAUUUCCAAUCGAAAAUAUAAAUUAUUUUUCCAACUCGAACGUUGAAAUGAGAAUUCUUGUGUCUAUAUAUUCGUUGUGAUGUAUGUUGAAAAUAUGUUCAUAUUUUAUAAUUAUUCCCAUUUAUUAUCAUUUUAUCAUUUAUCGCCUCAUAUCCGUUUAUUUAUUACUCAACAUUUAAACGUAUGUACAUGCAGUGUUUGAAAACGACUGACAUUGUGUAUAUGCUUUUGUCAAUAAUAAAUUAUAUACACACGA